UUUUGGCCACUAGCUGCAGACUAGAUAUAUCAGCCGGCCAUUCGCCAUUAUUAGGGCUUCUCUUUACUUUCGACCGGCUCUUAUCGUCUUGGUCCUAAGGAUCUCCGCAUCGGAGGCUAAGGAGAUCUAGAUCUAUAAUAAGUAGAUCCGAGAAUUCGUGGUGAUCUGGUGUUCAUAACGUAAAUCACAAGUAAAGAUGUCAUCAGCAGAGUCUUCCCGUGAGGAGAAUGUCUAUUUGGCAAAACUUGCUGAGCAGGCUGAGCGAUAUGAGGAGAUGGUUGAAUUUAUGGAGAAGGUGGCUAAAACUGUUGAUGUGGAGGAGCUAACCGUGGAGGAACGUAAUCUUUUAUCUGUUGCUUAUAAAAAUGUAAUUGGUGCUCGUCGUGCCUCAUGGAGGAUCAUUUCUUCCAUUGAGCAGAAGGAAGAGAGUCGUGGGAAUGAAGAUCAUGUGGCCAUAAUCAAAGACUACCGUGGAAAGAUUGAGGCUGAGCUUACCAAGAUUUGUGAUGGGAUUUUGAAGCUCCUUGAUUCUCAUCUCAUUCCUUCUGCCACUGCAGCCGAGUCUAAGGUUUUCUAUCUUAAGAUGAAGGGUGAUUACCACAGGUACCUUGCUGAGUUUAAGACUGGAGCAGAGAGGAAGGAGGCUGCCGAGAACACACUGUUAGCCUAUAAAUCAGCUCAGGACAUUGCAUUGGCUGAUCUAACUCCAACUCAUCCUAUAAGGCUGGGGUUGGCACUUAACUUCUCUGUAUUCUAUUAUGAAAUAUUGAAUUCUCCAGACCGUGCUUGCAAUUUGGCAAAGCAGGCCUUUGAUGAGGCCAUAUCAGAGCUGGAUACAUUGGGAGAGGAAUCUUACAAGGACAGCACAUUGAUCAUGCAACUCCUCCGAGAUAACUUGACGCUGUGGACUUCUGAUAUAAAUGAGGAUGCUGGAGAUGAGAUCAAAGAAGCUCCAAAACAGGAAUCUUGAGGAGACCAAGUAAAGCAGAAACUGGAGCUGGUUCUUAAUUGCUUCAUUAGUUUAGUAGAUUUACUGAACGCUUCAAUUAGAUUUUAUGUGAAAAACUGCUGUGUGGGGGAAAUUUAACUGUUUUAUCAACUGGAGUUCUCUUUUCUUUUUUCCUUCUUUAUAAGUCAUUUGUGCUGAUGAUUGCUGCUAUUUCUUA